GUUCAGCAGCAGUUAGCCAGCAUCAGCAGAAACUGCUGAAGCUCUAAUUGGUUCGUUUGCCGAAGCAGUUCGAUGACCAUGCUUGCUGCCCCCGGAGACGGAGAGUUUCUAAAUGAGGUCGGAUCAAACGGCCUGCAACCAACAAAGAUUCUGAAUCCUGCAAUGACGUAGCUUAGCCGCGUUUAUUGUGCGUGCACACUGAGAGUACUGACAACCUCAUCAUGCUGAUGAGUCGUUUUAUUGAGAGUAAAAUGCAUAAGCGGUUUUUGUCACAUCAGAGUCAAUUAGGUUCCAAUGUUGUGUCAUUUAGUUUCGCGAACUUUUAUUAGUGUGCUCAACGUGGUAUGUCACGUCGGCGUAUGAUCUGAGAAAACUCGGUUUUAAACGGUUUCGCACGAACCGACCAAAUUACAGAAACCGUUUUUCUGAUUUUAAGUUUGGGGAUAUAAGUGACGCAGCGUGUCAAGUUUGAGGACCGCUUCGUGUAUUUUAAUCUUUUAUUAAUUUAGUUGGACAGGAUAGCAACAGGAAAAAUCGAGUAGCAGUUGAGGAUUGCGCAUUAAAGUCGAUUUGUUCUUAAGGCCCACUUGCAAACCUAACCGCUGAUAAUGCCAUGAUGUAUAUAUAUGAUUAGGUUAAGGAUUGCGUAAGACAUGAUCUCUGCAUGUCGCUGCCUGGCUGCGUCUCGUCAGAUAUAUGCUUGCGUUUGUAUGACUAGACACUAGAGUGAGAGCUAACAGGGGCGAGAGAGACGGCCGGCCGGCCGGCCGGAGAAGGAAGCCAUUCGCUGCAGCUGCAAGCAGGAUAGUCAGGAGUAGCGUGCAACGGAGAUGGAGGAGGACUACGUGUUCAAGAUCGUGGUGGUCGGCGACUCGGCGGUGGGUAAGACGCAGCUGCUGGGGCGCUUCACCCGCGACGAGUUCUUCCUGGACUCCAAGUCGACCAUCGGCAUCGAGUUCCAGACGCGCACCGUCGACAUCGCGCGCCACCGCGUCAAGGCCCAGAUCUGGGACACCGCCGGCCAGGAGCGCUACCGCGCGGUCACCAGCGCCUACUACCGCGGCGCGCUCGGCGCCAUGCUCGUCUACGACGUCACCAGCCGCCGCACCUUCGACCACGCCACGCGCUGGGUCGCCGAGCUGCGCGCCCACGCCGACAAGUCCAUCGUCGUCAUGCUCGUCGGCAACAAGGCCGACCUGGCGCGCGACGCCGGCCGCCGCGCGGUGGACGCGGACGAGGCCGCCGCCUUCGCGGAGGAGCAGGGGCUCUUCUUCUCGGAGGCGUCUGCCCUCAGCGGCGACAACGUCGAGCGUGCCUUCCUCACGCUGCUCCGGGAGAUCCACGCCAUCGUGUCCAGGAAGACGCUGGAUGCGGCGGCGGAAACCGGCGGCACCACCGACGUCCUGGCUCUCAAGGGCACCAAGCUGUCGCUUGCUGAUGAGAUAUCCAUCAUGGAGACGAGCGCCUUGAGAACAGCAAGCGGCGGCAGCUGCUCGUGCACGUGAUGGUGGUGCAUGCAUAUACGAUUAUACAUGCAUAUACAGCUCAUGGAAUUCUAAUCCGGAAAUAUAUGUUCAAACAGUGUGCUGUGCUCCGAGAGAAAUUUUCAUAACGGAGAUAAAAUAUAUAAAAAAGGAUAUGCAGUGCAUGUAUGUAAAUAAUAACCAGACAACAAAAAAAACCGAAGCACGUUUGGGAACCUUUCUGCAUUAUACUGUA